ACGCGUUCACACCCGCGCGCGGCCCGCGGCGCCUUCACGCGCUGCCGUUUUGUUUAUGCGGAGCAGCGAGGGCGACCGGGGUGCGAAGGUCUGCUCUGCAAGGGCUAGAUAAAGCCGGGCUGCGACACCGACGCGGUCGUCCUGCCAUGGAUACCACCGAGAGAGCGGAGAGCGCGCACAGCCCAGCACGUCCGCCCUCGCGCAGCCGCUGCCCGCCGCCCGCGCAGCCCCGGUCCGAGGGCUUCUGGAGACCGUGGGUUCGAACUCCUGGAGAGAAAGAGAAGCGGACGGGGUCCCGUGCUGCAGAGGCGUUGCCCAGUGGCCCAGGAAUGGCAGAAGCUUCCGGGAAGCUUUUGCAAUACCAACACCCCGUCAGACUAUUCUGGCCCAAGUCCAAGUGUUANGACUACUUAUAUCAAGAAGCAGAAACUCUUCUGAAAAAUUUCCCAAUUCAAGCUACAAUUUCGUUUUAUGAAGAUUCUGAUAGUGAAGAUGAAGCAGAGGGGCUGGCCUGUGAAAAUCAAUCUAAUUAGUUACUUCUGGUGACAAUUUGAAUUUUGUAUAUAAGUGUACCAUAAACUUUUAAAACUAAUUUAUUUGUAUAUACAUUAUUAAUAAAACAUUUUGUAAUAAUUACAGUA